UGUUACGAUGUCUGGGAGAGGUAAAGGCGGAAAGGGGCUCGGGAAGGGGGGCGCUAAGCGCCACCGAAAGGUUCUGCGCGACAACAUCCAGGGCAUCACCAAGCCCGCCAUCCGGCGCCUGGCCAGACGCGGCGGAGUCAAGCGCAUCUCCGGCCUCAUCUACGAGGAGACCCGCGGGGUGCUCAAGGUCUUCCUGGAGAACGUGAUCCGGGACGCCGUCACCUACACCGAGCACGCCAAGCGCAAGACGGUCACCGCCAUGGACGUGGUCUACGCGCUCAAGCGCCAGGGCCGCACCCUCUACGGCUUCGGCGGCUAAUUAGUUCGUCGUCUUUCUCAUCAGC